CUGGUCCGGCCUGUCUCCGCCAUACCUGAGGGGAAUACGCGGGGAAUCGUACUGGCACCGGGUGGCCAUAUAAAAAGAUGGCAGAGCACGAGCCAACCUCAGAACAACUGCACCAAAUUGCUGCUGAGAAUCAAGAUGAGGAGCAUUCUGUUGACUACAAACCGCCAGCCCAGAAAAGUAUUAAAGAAAUUCAGGAGCUCGACGAAGAUGAUGAAAGUUUGCGGAAGUACAAAGAGGCCUUACUAGGACCUGUGCCUGCAAGCACUGAUCCUGGUGCUCCUAAUGUGGUGGUAACCAAACUGACACUGUUGUGUGAUUGUGCCCCUCUUCCUCUGGAACUGGACCUGACAGGUGACUUGGAGAAAUUUAAAAAACAAUCAUUCACCCUAAAGGAAGGUGUUGAGUACAGAAUUAAAAUCAGCUUCAAGGUAAACAAGGAGAUCGUAUCAGGACUAAAAUACCAGCAGCAGACAUACAGGAAAGGUGUAAGAUUGGACCAGACAUCUUACAUGGUUGGUAGCUAUGGGCCCCGUGUGGAUGAAUAUGAGUUUCUCACUCCAAUAGAAGAGGCUCCUAAGGGCAUGUUGGCCAGAGGGUGUUACAGCAUAAAGUGUCUCUUCACCGAUGAUGAUAAAUCCAAGCACCUUUCCUGGGAGUGGAAUCUGCAUAUUAAAAAUGAGUGGAAUAGCUAAAUAAGCCAUGAAGUGGCCUCCUGUUGGUUAUAAUGCAUCCACUCCUCUAGCUCUCUGAGAAGUGCUGCCAGAAUAUGUUCCAACUAUGUAUAAUGUGGUGUAUUCCCCACAUUUUCCCUGCCUCCAAAAAACAACAUUUUUGCCUUCCAUGGGUGCUUCUAUCUGCCUCACCCUGCUCUGCCUUCCUGUAUUAUUUGCACUGCAGGAUGUUUUUCAGUAGAUGGGAUAGACAUGCCUACCCGUUUUGUGCAGUAGUCCCCUUACUCUGAAAAUAGGAGUUCAACUGCUCUGCACCAGGAACAUAUGAUUUAGAGCAGGGAGUUCCUUGCUGAGCUUGUUUGAUCCAAGUCAUGUUUUCCUGGUCUGCUGCUCAUCUUAAAGGGGAACUGUCAGUAUUUAAAAAAUCUUUAGUCGACAUUAAUAGAAAAAAACUUUAACAAAUAGUCUUUAUCACUUUUUCAUACAGUCUUUAUGUUUAACUAUUUAUUUGGACAUUCCUUAAACCCAACUCAACCCCCCCCACUACAAAAAACACAAUAAUGCUUUGAGGUGGUUUCACCAGGUCUAAAGGUGGCCGAUACACUGGCUGACAUCAUAUAGUACAGGGCCACCUUUUUUUGUUCAGUUUAUUCGGCCAAUACCACAGCCCCGGACUUUGGUUAAAAGCCAGGAACUUUAUUAAAAGUCACAGCUUUAAAUGUCUGACGUGUUUCGGGUGCUUUUGCCCCUAAUUAUAGGUCAACAGCCUGAUGAACAUAACAGCAAUUGAAGAGAUGGUGAUAGUGCUUAUUUGCUGAUAUACUAUGCACUGGAUAACAAACCUGUCCGAUUAAUGCCAAUAUCUAUGCAGCGAUUUGCAGUGUAGAAUUGCCAAACAGAAUAUUGGCACAUUAGGAAACAAUCUAUUUCUAUUUCUUAAAACUCUAAACCAUAAUAGCUUGAAAGAAAUAAUCCAUCCACUACAGUUUGGGUCCUUGUUUAUAUGAAUUACAGUUCCUCUUGAACACAUAUCAUCCCAACCCCCCCUUCAUUUUAAUGUUAUUCUUUCUGGUUACCAUAUUGCCUUAGUGAGUGUGCAUUAGUUACUGAGGGGGUCAUUUUCAUUUUUUUUUUCAUUUGAAAAAGUUUUCAUUUUUAACUGUUUCCAAAAAAGAAGAGUGUUUCUCUCUCACCAACUCUUGCUGAAGAUGACAGGGUUUACACUAUGGCAAUUAAAGGGCAGUUUAACAACUUUUUUCAACAUUAGUUGAAAAUCAGGCUUUUGCCGAACAAACCUUUUGCCUAUUAUUUUAAUGUAUUUUUUUUUAAUAAUUGCCAUAAACUACAAAAUCUGAAUUUGAAAUUAAAGUCACAAUCUACUUCAGGUUCUUAUGAGCAGAAGAAAUCAGCAGCGCACUUAGAAGCCCUCUAGUUGCUCUUUAUCUCAGAGUCUAAAGCUGGCCAUACACGCACCGUUAGUAGAUAUUCGCUGUGUGUAUGGCAGAACGGCGAGACAAGCAUUAUCGCAAAAGCUUCGGAUACCGUUCGUGUUGUCGAUCAGGCAGGUCAAAAGAUUUUCAAUGGCGUACGAGCAAACCGUGCGUUUAGAGCUAAAUUGUCAGGUGGAGGUAGAAUCCCUAUUGUUUCUACCUCUAUAUCUAGAUUCAGCCCUGAACAUUAAUUAGGGAAUGAACGAUCCAAUGAUCGCAGGACAGAUCGUUAUUGGUACGUGUAUGGCCACCUUAAGGGCUUUUACUCAUGAUCGUCAUUCCUGGGCUGCUCUAACACAGGUGCAUGUAAGAGCCACACAGAGGUGGAAUGCAAUAUGCCUUAACAAAGCUCAGUGGGCUGCUGAUUUGUUUAGUGUGCUCAAAUGAACCCACGGAAUGUGACUUUACUUUCAAUUUCAUAUUUUGCAUCAGUAGGCAAAAAGCAUUUUCACCACAAGCUCUAUUUGUUGAAUUGAUGUUGAAAAGGGGGUAUACUUCCCCUUUAGUGUGUUUAAAACUGGAAACUGAUCAUUAGUACUCUUGAGCAGAAUUUAUAGGACCAAAUAGCAGCCUGUGCAUGUUGUCACAAGGUUAAUUAGAGAAAAACGCACAUGUAUAGAUAAUGUUAUGUCAUAUGUAUCUCAGAAAAGACUGCCUUAUAUCUGGGGAAGAGCACUUGCCCUUGGAUUAUCAGUAUUUAUUACUUUGUUAAUUGGUGCUUUUUUGUUCAUGAAUUCACUAUUCCAUCUGGGGACAUAUAGGCAUAGACCAAAGCUGGCCAUACAUACAAGAUCUGGACAUGUUUGCCCAGUCAGAGGGCCAUAUAGACACAUAAUCCUGCAAACCUUGUGGAUCGCAAAAUUAUCAGUACUAACAGAAAUUGUCUGUCUGCUGCCCAGAAUAAACUGAAGCUGCAACUCUGCAGCUAAAUCUUCACUUUUUGCUUUUCCAAUUGUUUGGGGAAUCAGCCCAAACAAACAGAACAUACAAAAGAGGCAAUGCCACUGUUUGUAUGGUAUCUGUACUUUUUGACUGUGGGCUGGUCACACGUUACAGCUUGGCCUGUGUUAUAGCCAAUUUAAAAGUUUCCGGGGGUCUGGUAUAACUCCCUGCUUCUCCUGAAAGGAAAGAGUGUUUUAAUUUUUUGUUUGGUUUGUCUGUAAAAUGAUCCCAGGUCAGAUUAGCAUGAAUUAAUUCAUCAUUGCCUUUAUUUUUUAUGACAAAUAAAGUAUUCCAACUGGC